CUCGCCACUUGAUAGCAUGGGCGUGAUCUCCAAGCUGCUCGCUGCUGCCUGCGUCGUCGCGCCGUGCGUGGCCCGCGACGGCCUCAAGAACGUCGUCUACUUUAUGGAGUGGAGCAUCUACGCACGCAACUUUCACAUUUUCGAUCUUGACUGGUCACGCAUCACGCACGUCAACUACGCCUUUGGCAAGCCCAACGCCGACGGUACCGUCCAGCUCUACGACACGUGGUCCGCGACCGACAAGCGCUACAUUGACCACGGCGACUCGUGGAACGAUCUCGGCAACAACGUGUAUGGCCAAUUCGGGCACGCCAACAAGAUGAAAAAGACGCACCGGCACGCCAAGUUUGGGCUCUCGAUCGGCGGCUGGACGCUCAGCGGUCUCUUUAGCGGCUUUGCGGCGACCGAGAUGGGCCGCCGAACAUUCGCGUCCAGCGCUGUCCAGCUCAUGCUCGACCUUGGCCUCGAUUUCAUCGACAUUGACUGGGAGUACCCGGUCGCGGGCGGCAAUGCGAUUCCGCACGCACCCGACGAUAUGGCCAACUUUGUGCUGCUUCUGCAGGCCAUCCGUGACGCAUAUGCGUCACUGCCCUUCCUCGCCGAGCUCAGUGUCGCGUCGCCGGCCGGGCCCGAGAACUACGCGCACUGGGACUUUCCGUCCGUGUGCGGGCUGGUCGACCACGUCAACUUGAUGGCCUACGACCUCGCGGGCAGCUGGAGCGAGUACACCGACUACCAAAACAACUUGUUUGCGGACCCGCAGCAUCCGUCCGGGAAGCAAUACUCGAUUGACCGCGCGGUGCAAGAUUACAUUACCGGCGGCUGUCCGAGCGAGAAGAUCGUCAUGGGCAUUCCGCUCUAUGGCCGGUCGUUUGAGAACUCGCACGGCUUGUACACGCCGUUUGCAGCGCCAACGGCCGGCUCGUGGGUCGCGGGCUCGGACGGCGCCGGUGUCUGGGACUAUAAGGUUUUGCCGCGACCGGGCGCGACCGAGCUCUACGACGAGAAACUCGGUGCAGGCUACAGCUACGACGCCAACGCGCGCGUGUUUACGUCCUACGAGACGCCCCGGAGCCUCGCAGCCAAGCUCGAGUACAUUGAAAAGUACAACCUCGGUGGCACCAUGUUUUGGGCGGGCGACGCUGACGCGCCAUUGACGUCCGGGCGAUCGCUGAUUGCGCAGGCGCACGAUCACUUUGGUCGAGACAAGAUGGCCUUGUACGACAACAACGUGGCAUACCCAACAUCCAAGUAUGCCAACAUCCGCAACAGCUCGUCGACUGGCACUGAGGCACCGGUGGUUGCGCCAACGGUCGUUGAGACGACUGCGCUACCAGCGACCACAGACGCGCCGGACGAGGAGGCCGAAGAUGAAACGGAAGCGCCAGCCACUGAAGCGCCCACGCCGACGGUCGCGCCGCGCCGUCCAUCGAGCAGCGCGUGCGCAGGGUAUCGCAACACGUGCUUUUGGCCACUGACCAUGACCAAGUUACCGCUCGCGUACACCAAGAGCGACUGCAACAAGUUCAAGGGCACGUUUGUGUGGUGCCCCUAG